GCUGGACCGCACAACUUUAAAGGGCUGUUUGAGGGUUAAAAUUUGGUUUUAGGAUUGGUGUUAUAAUUAGGUUAUGGUUAGGGUGAGGGUGAGGGUUAAGGUUAGGCAUUUAGUUGUUAUGGUUACGGUUAGGGUUAGGGGCCAGGGAAUGCGUUAUGUCAUUGACGGGUCCCCACAAAGAUAGUACCACAAACUUCUGUGUGUGCGAUUGUGUGCGUGUGCGUGUGUGUGUGUGCGUGCGUGCAAGUGCGUGUGUGUGUGUGGUUUGUGCGUGUGUGGGCGUGUGCAAGUGUGAGUGUGUGUGUGUGUUCACCUUGUCUGGGUGUGUCCCUGUUGAAGUAGCAGGUACUGGCGCAUUUUCGUCCCGUCGUUGCUGGAGAGACUUGAACCGUCCGGAUGGAUCCGUUCGCCGUGAACACGCUUCUCCUUCUGCUCUCUUUUAUUGGAUGCUGUGCGGGGCAGAUUCUCCCGAACGGGCCGGUGGACGCAGUUUCGGGGACAAAUGUGACUUUACAGACUACCUUGGGUGCCGGGUCAACCUACGCUUUCAUAGUCUGGAAUAUGAACACCGGGGAUGCACAGAGUCACGUCGCGACUCUACCUUUUGGCGGGGUGCUUAACGUAAACAGCCCGUACAGGGGGAGAGUGGCGAUUAACAGCACCAACGGCUUCCUGUACCUGGGACCGGUGAAGGCUGCGGACAACGGGCACUACAGCAUCAGCGUACUGUUACCGGACGGCACGACCUUAACCGGAGAGACCCAGCUCCGGGUCCUGGAGCCGGUGUCUGGUGUCACCAUCACGUCUAACGUGCCCGAAGCCGUAGAGCACAACAGCACCGUGGUCCUGAACUGCUCCGCCAAAGGCUCCUUCCUCAAGUUCGCCUGGCUCAAGGGCGACGCGCCCAUCGUGGUCGGCAACCGCUUCACGGUGAAAGAGGCAGGACUGUCCAGUACUCUGACCAUCACAGAUGUUCUCAGGGGGGACCUGGUUGGACCCAUCUACUGCACAGCUGCUAACCAGCUGCAGAACCAGAAGAGCGCCCCCUUCAACCUCACGGUCUACUACGGACCCGAAACGGUCACCAUUACUCCUUCUCCUCCGGGCCUGGGUCCCGUCAUCGGAUCCCAGACCAACUUCAGCCUGUCCUGCUCGGCCACCUCCAAUCCGCCCGCCACCUUCGCCUGGUACCACAACCGGGUGAUGUUGGAGCACGCUGGUCCCGUCCUGACUCUGGAAGUCAUACGUGCACAUGGAUUCGGGAGCAAAGAGGGAGAAUACACAUGCAGGGCCCAAAACGCAAAGACCGGUCUCGUCAUCCCUUCUCCUGCCUUUUCCUUAGCUGUGAUGGAUGCCAUCUCAGGGGCUAAACUGAGCAGUCCGAUCGCUAACCUCAUUGCCGGGGGCAACAGCACGGCCAACCUCAGUUGCCAGGCGACGAGCGGCACCGUGAAAACCAUAACCUGGCACAAAGACGGCCAGCCGCUCUCCGCCGGCGGCCGCCUCGUGUUCUUCGCCAACAUGAGCUCCCUGAUGAUCAGCCCGCUGCAGAAAGAGGACAACGGCGAGUACAGGUGUCGGCUCGCCAACCCCAUCCACUCCGUCGAAGCCUCCUACAAGAUGGUGGUCAACUACGGUCCUGAAAAAGCGGAGGUGAGCGGUAAAGCGGCCGUUGAGGUGAACGACAACGUGGUCUUCACCUGCUCUGCUCAGUCCAUCCCCCCCGCCAACUUCACCUGGAAGUUCAACGGCACGGACACCGGUGUCAGGACGGCCCAGUUUCGGCUUGAGAUGGCGUCCGCCAAAGACAUCGGGAAGUACACAUGCGAGGCGAACAACGCUGUCACUGGCAAGACCGCCAUGUACACCCACAGCCUGAACGUCCAAGACCAAGGGACGUUGCAGGAAGGUCUUUCAGACGGAGCCAUCGCUGGAAUCGUCAUCGGCGUCCUCCUCGCUCUUGGUCUCGCCAUCGGCCUGCUCGUGUACUGCAGACAGAAAGUACCGGUCGAGUCCCCGUACUGAAGAAGUCCCGCACGCCGCUGGAGAAGCCGGCCAAGCCAUCCGACCAUUUUGUUUCCCAUGAUCCACCUGUGCAGCCGGGAGGAGC